UAUGUAACAAACUCGAUCGCCUUUAUCACCAAUUGAUUCAAAUCAGAACACUUAUAGAUCUCAAACUUCUAAGACUUAAGAUAUAAAUUAUUAGAUUCAAUUCUAAAUAACAAAAUAAAAACUUUCGACUGUCCCUGAUUCUCGAUAAGAUAAUAAUGCUGUGUAUAUGAGUCCUAGAAAUACUAAACUAAAAACUUAAACCAUUCUUUCUCCUAAUUGUAGAUCACCCUUAACAACAAGGAAAGAAAUAAAAACUAUUUAGUCUCCUUAUAACUUAUCUAUUCAUUCAGCUUAAUCACCUAUUAAAAUAGGAAAUACUACUACUCAUAAUAUUAAAUAAGAACUUGAUUAUAUUAAAUAAAAAAACAAUAAUCUAUAGAAGUAAAUACUUAAUUUGACUUCUGAAAUUCAACGCGGUUAAUCAAAUACUCUUAUAAAGGAGUUACAAUAAAAAAUCUAAUUAUUAACUUAGAUGAAUGAAAAAUUAACUUAAGAGAAUAAAGAAUUAUAAUAAAAAGGAGACUUGAAUUAACUUAAAUAAAAUAUUGAAUAAUAAAUAUAAUAAAUAAAAGAAAAUGAGAAAAAAUUGAAUGAAAUAUAAGAGAAUUAGUAAAAAUAUGAAAUUUCUAAUCUUGAUCUUGUAAAGAACUCUACAACUGACUAUAUUACUUAAUUGAUUCUUGAUCUAGAGGAAAGAGUUCACAUUUUGAUAGUUGAAAAUGCUAAUUUAAAUAAAGUUUUCAAUUAGAGAAUUAAAUUAAAUGAAAGAUUUAACACUUUGGAGUUAUAAUUGAAAUAAGCUUAAGUAUAGUUUUAGAAAGUAAAGGUUGAAGAAAAAUUAGUAAAAACGAAAUAUAAUUAAAUAAAGAAAAAAUGA